AUGUCUGGGUAUCCGGGAUACAAUAAUGGAGGCUAUGGAGCACCAAACCAGCAGUACCCGCCCCAACCCUACUACCCCCCUCAACCAACAUACGGAGCUCCUCCUCCCCAAGGCGGAGGCUACGGAUAUCACCAACCUCCACCUCCACAACAACCCUAUGGAUAUUCUCAACCCCCUCCUCAGCAAUACGGCGGAUACAAUGGUGUGCCAUCUAACGCGCCACAAUAUGGCAGCCCAGGAAUACCCUCAGUCAGCUCAAACGCAUAUACAAAUGGCAAUCAGAAUGCUCCACCACCACCACCACAGGGAAUGCACUCAUUUGGACAAGGUGCCCCUCAAGGCUAUGCCUUUCAAUAUUCUAACUGCACAGGAAAACGCAAAGCACUCCUAAUAGGUAUCAAUUAUUUCGGUCAGCGUGGUCAAUUGCGUGGAUGUAUCAACGACGUCAAGAAUAUGUCAUCAUAUUUGCAUGAAAACUUUGGGUAUCAGCGGGACGAUAUGGUUCUUCUUACGGACGAUCAACAAAACCCAAUGAGUCAGCCUACCAAGCAAAAUAUAUUACGAGCCAUGCAUUGGCUGGUAAAGGAUGCUCGACCCAAUGAUUCGUUAUUCUUCCAUUAUUCUGGACAUGGUGGCCAAACCAAGGAUUUGGAUGGCGAUGAAGAAGAUGGUUACGAUGAAGUUAUUUACCCAGUCGAUUUCAGACAAGUUGGUCACAUUGUCGACGACGAGAUGCAUAGAAUUAUGGUCCAGCCUCUGCAACCUGGUGUCCGAUUGACAGCAAUUUUUGACUCGUGCCAUUCCGGAACUGCCCUCGACUUGCCAUAUGUUUACUCCACUCAAGGGGUUCUCAAAGAACCAAAUCUUGCGAAAGAAGCGGGCCAAGGUCUUCUUGGCGUUAUUUCUUCUUACAGUCAAGGUGACAUGAGCGGUGUUGCGAGUAAUUUAAUGGGAUUCUUCAAGAAAGCAACGACUGGAGAUGAUGCUUAUAACAAGACACUGGCUACCAAAACAUCGCCCGCUGAUGUGAUUAUGUGGUCCGGAAGCAAGGAUGAUCAAACAUCAGCCGAUGCUACCAUUGCUGCACAAGCAACCGGUGCCAUGUCAUGGGCUUUCAUUACCGCUAUGAAGAAAAAUCCACAACAGAGUUACGUCCAACUUUUGAACAGUAUUAGAGACGAACUCGCUACCAAGUACACCCAGAAACCGCAACUCAGUUGUAGUCAUCCGUUGAACACCAAUCUUCUCUUUGUCAUGUAAAAAGUCGCACAAAUGUAUUAAAGGGUUUAUGAUGCAAGGGACAAC